CGCUUUUCUGACAGCGGAACUGUGAGCAGGGGGUGCCGGUUUCCGGCCGGACGAGUGAUCAGCUGCACUGGAUAUCAAUGUAGCUGUGAGAGUGUGUGAGGGCAGAGAGGAGAAACAGCGUGUGUCUAUAGGGAGGGCGGCAGGACACAGAUUGCUGCAAAAGUUGGACUCCAACAAUGGCUCGGGUAGUACGAAUCUUUAAGACUCUUCGCAACCACUGGAAAAAAAGCACUGCCGGAUUUUGUUUGUUGGCUUACGGAAGCCAUUGGAUUUAUGGUAAACACUGUGAUAACUUACUGAGAAGAGCCGCCUGUGAAGAAGCGCAGGUCUUUGAAAACCACCAGAUUCUCCCCCAUUCGGCAAUAAAGAAAGCGACUGUGUUUUUAAAUCUGGCAGCGUGUAAAGGGAAAGCAAUGACCCUCUUUGAGAAGAAUGCAGCCCCCAUCCUACAUUUAGCCGGCAUAGAUAUCACCCUUGUAAAGACAGAUUAUGAAGGUCAGGCAAAGAAUCUGCUGGAACUCAUGGAAAAGACAGAUCUGAUCAUUGUUGCUGGAGGAGAUGGAACUCUGCAAGAGGUCAUCACGGGGCUCCUGCGCAGGGAAGGUCAGGUACCCCUCAGUAAAAUCCCCAUCGCAUUCAUCCCUCUGGAAGGGACCAACACACUUAGUCACACCCUCUAUCCUGAAAGGGAGAAUAAGGUCCAGCAGAUCACAGAGGCAGCACUUUCCAUCCUAAAAGGGGAGACUGUUGCACUGGAUAUCCUCCAGAUAAAGGGGGAGCAAGAUCAGCCUGUGUUUGCAGUGCAGGGAAUACGAUGGGGCAGCUACCGGGAUGCGUCUUUGAAAUCCAGCAACCUGUCGCCAUGGCAACAGCCUCGUUACCUGUUGGAACCUGUCAAUUCUCAGCACCCACGCACUCUGGAUUCCAUGAGUAUCUGUACAGAACCCGACGCCAUCAGUAAAGGGCAAUUUAUCCAGUUGGGUGUUGAGAAGAUGACUGACCCCCUCUUGCCCCCCGGCGACUCCCAGGUUCUACUUGCCAGUCGCUGCAGCCUGCACCUCCCCCAGGGAACGGAGGGGCAUUUCAGCAUCGAUUCUGAGGAGUACGAGGCCAUGUCGGUGGAUGUGACUCUCUUGCCCCGCAAGCUGCACUUUCUGUGCCAUCCCACGAGGAAACAAGAGCUGCUGCAGAGACCAACUGCAACCGGGCACUGCUAGUAUUAGCGACCAAUGCAAUGACCACUGCUAGUAACUAGCACCACCAGGUGGCUGAAGGCAGUAGUUCCACCCAACACAGGGGCAACAUGGGAAGCUCACCCGUCGUAAUGCCAUCAGUACAGAGACGUUGUAGUUCAACUGUACCUCUCACCAACGACACAUGGAAUCUUUCUGUUCCUGCAACACAGUGUGAGGGGUAAGUUGGAACACCAGGGGGUUAGUUCUACGGAACAGAACCAGUCCCUCAUCUGAUUGAGCUGGAGAUCAGGAACAUUGGAUCCAAACAGCACAGCCAGGGGAAAGAAUCCAAUAACCCCCAAACCGGGUUUGUUUUUCGUCUCCUGAUAAGUAAAAAUGAAUAAAUGUGUUUUUUUUUGCUUCUCUGUCA